CCGACCACGACAACGAUCUCUUCUAUACUUCGUCCCACCGCGACAACCUCAUCCGCACCCUCGAGUCAUGUCUCGCUACUCUUUGCACGUAGAGCCCGAGCACAAGCGGCCCCUCACUUUUGUGCGCCGCUGGGGAACCAGCAUGGGCCUUUGGGGCGCUGGCGCAGGGAUCACGGCACUAUACCUUCUCUCCGUGACGCCGUUGGUAAAACGCGAAUUCCUUUCCAAGUUGCCUGUGGUAGGCGGAUAUUGGCAAGACAAGAUCCCCGCCUCGGACAAGCCGUUCUAGAGCCGUAUUCUUACCCGCAAUGCGAAUAGAUUUAGCAUUUGGUCCUGAAACA